AUGGAGGGAAAUAAUAAGAAGCAUAUUGUUCUUGUCCAUGGUAUUUGCCAUGGAGCUUGGUGCUGGUAUAAGGUUGUAACGCUGCUCAGACUUGCCGGCCACCGGGUGACGGCGUUGGACCUCGGAGCAUGCGGUGUCAAUCCGCGGCAGCUUAAGGAGAUCGCGACGGUGGCAGAUUACGUGCAGCCGUUGAUGGAGUUGUUGGGCAGGCUUCCCCGGGAUGAGAAGGUGGUUUUGGUUGGCCAUAGUUAUGGCGGCCUUCCUAUUUCUCUUGCCAUGCAAAGUUUUCCCAACAAGAUCUUGGUUGCCGUCUUCCUUGCUGCCUACAUGCCCAAUCACUACGCCCCUCCUGCCACUCUCAUUCAAGAGUAUUUUAGAAGGACUAGAAUGGAAACUCUAAUGGAUUGUCAAUUGACUUUUGACAAAGGACUGGAAAAUCCACCAACUUCUGUUAUUUUCGGUUCCAAUUUCAUGGAAGCCAUGGUUUACACACACAGCAAACCAGAGGACUUGGAGCUAGGAAGAAUGUUAAUCAGGCCAGGAGCUCUUUUUGUAGAGGAAAUGGCAAAGGAAAAUUUGCUGACAGAAGACAAAUAUGGUACAGUGAAAAGGGUUUAUAUUAUCUGCGAAGAUGACCAAGUUAUGGACCAAGAAUUUCAGAUACAUAACAUACAAAACAGCCCUCCUUGUGAAGUGAAAUCCAUGGCUGCAACUGGGCAUAUGGCCAUGCUAUCAAAACCUGAGGAGCUCUGCUUUAGCCUGCAGGAAAUCAUUGCUGAUGCUAACAUGGAAUGGAAGUGAUACUGCCACUGUUUGAGUUUUCAUGAAAUUGUUGUCAUCAUCAAAAGACUGAAACGCAGAGAAGAUGGCCAUUAACUCUGUUAAAACAACCUCUCCCUGAGGACAAAAUAGAAUGACAACCUGAACUAAGUUGGUUAGCUUGGUUUGGUAACCGGUUCAAUUCUGAGGGAAUAAUCUAAAUCAAAUCAAUGAGUUAUGAACAAUUUAAGUUA